AUGGCAUCGGCAGCGGGACGCGUCGGGGGCUCAACCUCCAACAUUGGCCUGCUCAUGCCCGUCGUCGGCGUCGUCGGCCUCGCGUCGGCCGUCCUGGCCGGCCGGCGCGCCAUGCACGUCGACUGGAAGGACUUUGCCGUCCGCUUCCUCACGGGGCCCGGCCGCACCAGCCGCAUCCUGCUGCUCAUCUACGUGCUCCUCAACACCAAGAGCCUGCCCGGCGCAUGGACGAUCCGCGUCUUCGGCUCCAUGAUCCGCCACGCCGUCCAGCUCCGCAAGCCGCUGCCGCCCAAGGCGCUCUUCCACUACUCCGUCACGCGCAGCUACACGUCGCCCGGCGAGACCGACUACAACCUGCACAAGUCCAACUCGACCUACUUCUCCGACCUCGACGUCGCCCGCUCCCAGUGCGUCAUGCACCUCAUGGCCCCGGGCUUCGACAAGAUCCGCCGCAACAAGCAGCUCCGGAUCGUGCGGGACCCGGCCGGCGCCGUCGCCGAGGGCAGCCUCGGCGUCGCCCUCGGCGCCGUCGCCUGCAGCUUCAAGAAGGAGCUCCCGCCCCUGGCCGGCUUCGAGAUGUGGACGCGCGUGCUGGCCUGGGACCGCAAGUGGCUCUACACCAUGACGCACUUCGUCGCCCCCGCGGGCAAGGUCCGGCCCGCCUCGUGGGACGGCGGCAGCUUCUGGGCCUCGCGCGGCAGGGUCGCGACGGUGGCGGCCGGCGAGGCGGAGCUGCAGGGGCGCGUCGUCGCGUCCGCGGUGGGCAAGUACGUCUUCAAGCUCGGCCGGUUCACGGUGCACCCGACCUACGUGCUCGAGCAGUCGGGCCUGCUGCCCGAGCGGCCCGUCACCGGCUGGCGCGGCGGCGAGGCCGACGUCCACGCCGAGGUCGAGCUGCCCGCCGGCGCGGCGGACCUGGCCGACUGGGACUGGAGGCGCGUCGAGGCCGAGAGGAGGAAGGGCAUGGAGCUGGCGGGGCACUUUGCCGCGAUAGACGACGCGCAUGCCCUGUUUGACGGCGGCAGGGAUGGUGCGCUGGGGCAGUUCUUCCCUGGUUAG